UGAAUAUGUCAGGCCGAGGCAAGCAGGGGGGUAAAGCGAGAGCCAAGGCAAAGUCUCGCUCCUCGCGGGCUGGGCUGCAGUUCCCGGUGGGCCGUGUGCACCGGCUGCUCCGCAAAGGUAAUUACGCUGAGCGGGUGGGGGCUGGAGCUCCGGUCUAUAUGGCCGCGGUGCUGGAGUAUCUGACCGCUGAGAUUCUCGAGUUAGCUGGCAACGCUGCUCGGGACAACAAGAAAACCAGGAUCAUCCCCCGUCACUUGCAGCUCGCCAUCCGUAACGAUGAGGAGCUCAAUAAGUUGCUGGGGAAAGUGACGAUCGCUCAGGGGGGUGUCCUGCCCAACAUCCAGGCCGUGCUGCUGCCCAAGAAAACUGAGAGCCAUAAGGCAAAGAGCAAGUGAAGGUAAUCGGGAAGAAGCAAAAAUCUUCAGUCCAAAAGGAACCCAAAGGCUCUUUUCAGAGCCACCCACAAAAUCAAAAAAGGGCUUGAUUAUCUGUAACAAUCACACUUUUAAAACAAUCCUAUUUUUCCUUCUUGGGAAUAAAGGAAUUGGAGUUACAGUAACUGGAAUAUAGGUAUCUGAAAGUAAACUUUUACGCAUUCUGCACAAGGCUGUAUUCCUAGAAACAAGACACUGAAUCCCUCCUAUAUGUGUUCGU